AUGGAAGUUCAAAUCACAUCAAGAAAAUUGAUAACUCCAUCAUCUCCAACUCCACCCCAUCUUCAAAACUUGAAAAUAUCAAGUUUUGACCUGCCUGCUCCUAACUUUUACGUGCCUACCAUCUUCUUCUACCCAACCAAUGGUGCUGUCAACAACGCAGAAAAAAGUUUGCAGUUGCAGAAGUCUCUGUCUGAAAUCUUAACCCUCUAUUAUCCAUUGGCAGGAAGAUAUGCAAAAGAUGAUCCAUUAAUUGAAUGUAAUGACAAAGGGGCAGAAUUUUUAGAGGCCAAAGUUAAUGGCUCUCUCUCUCAACUUCUCGGCGACGAAGGGCUCGAGAUCAGGACUCUGAAUCACUUGGCCCUGCAAAAGUUUGAUCCAAAUAAUAGCUCUCCACUAGCAGUUCAAUUCAACAUCUUUGAAUGUGGUGGAAUUGCUAUAGGUAUAUCUAUAACGCACAAGAUAGCUGAUUCCUUCACAGGGUUCACCUUCAUCAAUGCUUGGGCUACUGCGUGCCGAAUCGGGGUCCAGAAAGUGCAUCGCCCGAGUUUCGAAUUAGGCUCAAUUUUCCCACCAAGUGAUGCAUCUAGAACCGAGAAAUUUGUGGUAAGUAGAGCUUCAACUAACAAGAAUAUUGUCACAAAAAGCUUUGUCUUUGAUGCUGUAGCAAUAUCAAAUCUGAAAGCGGCUGCCAGUGCUAGCGGUUCGGAGCUGCCGGUCGAACACCUACCGGCACGAGUAAAGGUCGUCACAGCAAUUAUAUGGAGAGCUUUUGUUAGGUUGGUUCAAGCUAGACAUGGCAGCAUGAGGCCUUCCCUCUUGACAGUUCCUGUUAAUUUGCGAGGAAAGACAAAUCUAUCGAUACCAGAAAAUUUAUGUGGAAACUUCAGAAGUUGGGCUACAUUGCAAUUUAUGCCAAAUGGUACUGAGAGUGAGGUGCAAUUUCAUGACUUGGUAAGUCGUAUCCAUGGCGGAAUUGAAAACACUGUCUCAAAUUAUGCAAAGGCUUCAAGUUCUGAUGAUUUGUUUUUGACGGUGAUCAAUGACUUUCGGAAAGUAAGUGAAGCAGUAAAGGAAAGUGAUGCAGAUGUCUAUAUGUUUUCUAGCUGGUGUCAGCUCCCAUUGUAUGAAGCAGAUUUUGGUUGGGGAAAGCCCAGUUUGCUGAGAAGAGGUGGGCAGGUGCAGAAAGAGAUGAUUCUGCUUUUGGACACUAAAGAUGGUGAUGGCAUUGAGGCAUGGGUGAGCUUGGAAGAAGAAAACAUGCUUCUUUUUCAACAGGAUCCUGAUAUUGUAGCAUUCACUUGCUAA